AUGUCUACUCUUAAGGCUGCUGCUACUCAUAUCGACUGGACUAAGCUGUCCACUUCUCUUGGCCUCAAAGCCGAGACCGUUGCUGCCCUUUCCGCGUUUCGAAAGCGCAAUGAGGAGGCCCGCCGUGUCUUGGCUGAUCUUCAGGAGCAGAAGACCACUGUCAACUUUGCCCACUACAGGAAGGUUCUUAAGAAUCAAGCUGUCGUUGAUGAGCUUGAGCAGACUUUCAAGUCCUUCAAGCCUACUUCCUAUGAUGUUCAGGCGCAGAUUAAGUCUAUCGAGGCUGUUGAAGCCAAGGCUCUCGAGCGUGCCAAGACUACCGCCACCAAGGUCGAGUCUGAACUUGCUGAUCUCCAGGCUACUUUAAAGAACAUUGAGACCUCUCGUCCUAUCGAUGAACUUACGGCCGAUGAUGUCCUCAAGUCCCGUCCAGAGAUUGCGGAGAAAGUCGAUGCACAAUUGUCCAAGAGCAAGUGGGAGACUAAGGGCUACAAUGACAGAUUCGGAUACGUGACCCUCUUCUAAGAUGUCGUUCUGUCAGUUCCCCUCGCUUUUCGUGAUAAUGGCAAAGUACAAGGAUCCCGAUACCUUUUUCUUUAAUUGAAAAGGACAGAGAGAUGCUUUAAAAUGAAAUAAAUACUCUUACUCUAUC